AUGUCGACGUUCUAUGCACUUGGAAGUCUCCACCUUCGUGAGAGCAACAAGAGAUUCAAGAAGAUAACUACACAUGAGGAGAGAGAGACUACCGUUCGAGUGAUCUGGGAUGUUAACACUUGCCCUCUCCGGGACGAAGGGAACGGGUUCGUGUACGAUCCUAAGAGCUUCAAGGAGAACAUCAGCAAAGCGCUCCAUCAUCUCAGCCCCAAACUCCGUGUUGAGGAGAAGAUGUUUGCCGCCGGCGUUUUCAGUGCCGGAGAUUCAGCUACUUUUGGCCAAGUUUCUACUAUCGUGAAGUGCGAUCACCGUUUUUAUGUCUGCAGUGGUUGUAAGGGUAAAGAAGGGGCAUUCACUCCGAAAACAACUCCUGAAGUUUUCACCACUCUUCAAGAACAUCUUCUGGGCGACGCGAUCGAUCGAGACUCCCCGGGCAUUGUGCUCUUAAUCUCCUCGGACUCUGAUUUCAUUCCAACUGUGGACUUCUUGAGAGAAAACAAGUUUGUGAUUCUCUUAGCUCAACAGGAAGCCAAGGCCCCUAACCGUCUUAACAACUGUCUUAACAAGGACUUCCGCAACCACUGUCAUUACACCUACCUUUGGAAGAAUCUGAGAGUUGGAAAUCCCCCAUCGUAUCAGUGUGAUUUUCCGGGAGCUGGGCCAAGAAACUUCUUGGUGUUGAAUACGAGGAACCUCUAA